CAAUUGGCCAUGUAUAGGUAGCAGAAGGAAGAAACAGAUGAUGGGGACCUGGAGGCUGGAGACGCGGAAGAAGUAGGCGCCGCAAGAAGAGCUGCUCUUUCUUCGAUCUCUCAAAUCAGAAAGUAAGGACCAGUUUAUGCACCAAACUAGGACCGGCCGCCAGUUAUGAAGUUGCGGCCUGGGGAAGAAGUGGAGGUUGCCUAUGGCCCUGCGUUUGGAACAGACGACCUGCAUCUGGUGGAGCUGGAGGAGAACAUUCUGCAGGAGAUGCUGCGAAAUGGUGUCCACAUCAAGGGAGAGCCAGAGGAAGAAGCCGUACUUUGCACCUCGAGCAAGACGUAUGCCGUCAAGUUUGUGGGCAGUUCAAACACCAUGUUCAUUAUGCCCGAGGAAUCUCAAAAGGAGUCCAGAGGCAGUCGUGGGAGCUGGACAGGGGCGCAAGCAUUGGUCACAUUCGCAGCCCCGGGGUACUUGGAGUUGGUAGAGACUGCACCAAAACUGGACACUUUGAAAACCUUGCUGAGCAGAAAUCGGUAUGAUCAGAACAGUGAAGCAGAAGAGCUGGAGCAAGAGAAGAUCGAGGCAGGAGCGAUCGACGAAGAUGAUGGUCCACAAUCACCACCCGAAUCAGCACAGGAGCUUUUUUCGUUUGAGGACCUUUUGGAGCGGGUACAGGCCAGUGAACAAGAGCUGCGGGAAGCUUUGAGGGUGUUGAAUGCAGCAGAGGUAAACGGCAAGUGGCGACUGGUGGACGAGAAGUACAUGCGGAUGCUUCUGGACAUGAUCCUGUGCACGGCAGUGGAACACGACUGGCCCCUGAGCGCCCUCCCAGAGGAGCCGCUCGUGUCAGCAAUGCACUCGGACGGUUACUCGAAACACAUGGUCCGGCACUGCCUUAGAACCUGCGCACGGCUGAGUGGGGAGGGGCAAAUGGGAGAGAAAGAAAAGACAGACGCUGCUGCUGAUGUUACAGAGGAGCCGUCCGACAUGGAUGUUGACGAAGAACGGAGGGGCGGGGGCAUGCCAGGAGGUUCCGGAAGGGGUUCAAGCAAACCGGAGAAAGUGUGGGCCUUGCAUUCAGAGACGGUCUGCCUCCACCGAGCUCGGCAGUUGCUGGCUGCAACGGGGUCGAAGUGGCGGCUGGAGGACUUUAUGGAGGCGUGGGCGCAGGACCUGCCCGUGGGGAUGAAACCGGACCGCAGCUUACUCAGGGGGGAAGCGCUGGAGGAGAAAGUGGGGGGGGAGGUGUGGCUGCGGCCGUUCAGCGCCGCGCUCCUGCCGGCGAAACCUGCGGAGCGGUUUGACGUGUUAUUCCAGCAGAAGCCACGGUGGCACUGGGAAGACCUGGAGCCGUACCUCAAAGGGUUGAAAACACCCGGCCAAUCUAUAGAAGCGCUGCUAUUGAAGUUCACUCGCAAAAGCCAACCAACCUCGGAUCAGCCAGCCGUGUACAGCAGGCGCUAGAAUAAACCGGUUUUUCGAGUUGAAGGGGCAGUAUGAUCUGUAUGAUUGUCCCCUUCGGAUCGUCAGCCCUGUGUGGAGAACCCAGUGAAAAAGCUUCCGAAGCAGAACGUGAUAAGGCUUGUUUACCCCCUUAGGCCUGGUUUCUGAGCUUUGGAUAUCCACCGCGAGUAAGCUUGCAUUCGUUGGUCUGCUUUGAUUCAGUUCCGUUGGCUCCGUUGCUGAUCAGUCAGAUCAGCACAAUUUCGCAUGUUUUCUUAAGCGUGGAGCAAGCUGCCGGCAAAGCGAGAGUUGAAGGGUGACUUUCUCUCCAUCAGCCAUGAUGAGGCGGGCCCAAUAGAGUCUUGUUCACGUCCAAACAUGGUUACUCCUCUGCUGGACAGGCAAAUUGUAUAAAUUGUGGUCAGAUAGACGUG